AUGACCCCACAGCAACGGAUGCUGUCCGUCUGUUUUUUACUGGUCUCAGGUACCAUGCAUUUAUUUAUGUUUUUUGGGACCGGUGGAUCAGUGACAACAACAGAAACUCAGAAAUUUACUUGCAGGACGUAUGGCAGUGGAGUCGUCCAGCCCUUCAAAGGCUUGGGUUACUACGUGAGGUCCAAUUGCCCGUUCACGCUCACCCGCUUCACCCACAAUCGUGUGGAAUACGACAUCACCAUAUGGCGAGGAGACAGCGGGCUGCUGGUUCAAGUCGAGAUCACAAUGAACAAAGUCCGGACUGUUCUGCAGAAUGGAAGCAUCCUGGUGGAGAAGAAAAGUGUCUCCCUUCCAUACGAUCACACCUACCAGCAUAUUUUUCAGUACGGCAUCUACACUAGACUGAGGAGCUCCCUGCUUCCACUUUCUGUCACCUGGCAUAGUGUACCUGGAGGAAUAGACAGUUUGUGGGUGGAGCUGCAGCAAGAGCUGAGCACUGACAUCACUGGACUGUGUGGAAAACACAACGUAACAAGCAACAAGCAGCAGCUGAUAACAGAGAGCAAGCUUACCCAGGAAACGUGUCAAACGCGAGAUCCUGUCUUUGUCACUAACCCAGUAUGCAGAGAGUUCUUUUCUUACACUUUGGAGUGUCUGCAAGUCAAAACACCAUAUUAUAUCCAACUCUGUGAAGAGAACAUUUACAGCUAUGAAAAGAGCCAAUACGUUCGCUGUGCUUUCUUCAAAGAGAUUGCCCUGCACUGUGGAAACAACAGCUAUGUGUGGCAGAAAUGGAGAGCUAUAACCAAAUGUGCUGAGCCGACUUGUCCUGGAGACCUGGUUUAUAAAGAAGAGGGUGAUGCAUUUAUUCCCAGCUGCUCCAACCCUAACCCCAGCUUUUCCAGCCAGGCUAUCACCAGCACUUGUGUCUGUCCAAAGGGUAAGGUGCUUGAUGAUCACGCAGAAGACUUCCACUGCGUGAGUGUGCCUAGCUGCCCCUGUGUCUUCUCUAGUAGGACUUACUUAACUGGAGACAUACGUAACACUAAGUGUCAGGCAUGUAUAUGUGAUGGUGGAAGAUGGCAUUGCUCAGAGAAUUCCUGCCGAGACAGAUGUCUCAUUGAAGGGCAAUUUGUAACAACAUUCGAUGGCAAAAAAUAUGUUGUUCCUGGUAAAUGCACAUAUGUGGCCUCACAGGGCUUAAACUGGACAAUAAAUGUUGAAUUUUCUGUGAAGCAUGCAUCUAUAAAAACAGUCGUUCUCCAGAUUUCCCAGGAAAUGUACACAUUCACACGCAGCAUGGUUAAAUUUGAAGACCAAGAAAUUACUGAACUUCAUCAGUCUGAUCAUGCCCUGGUUUUCUGGCAGUCCUCUAUGUAUGUUGAAGUCCAUACAUCCUUUGGUAUGAAGAUCCAAGUCCAGGUGUCUCCUGAAAUCCAACUUUACAUUACACCACCAGGAAACCACACAGGCAUGAUUUCAGGUCUCUGUGGCAACAACAACAACGACACCACAGAUGACUUCACCAGCAGCAGCGGGAUCAUCGAGAACUCACCUGAACCUUUUGCGCUGUCCUGGAGCGUGGGCCGUUGUACACCGAACAUACCGCCAACCUGCAUUAAUACCGACAACGAAAUAUUUGCUGAUGAAAAGUGUUCUGUCUUGAACAACCCAGCUGGGAUAUUUGCAAAGUGCCAUGGCUACAUCCCAACUGAUCAAUUCCAUACGGCUUGCAUCCUAAGAACUUGUAACUGUGGUACCAAUUUGGUCCAGUGCUUGUGUGUUGCUCUGGGCAACUAUGCCAAAGCAUGUGCCAGUGUUGGAGUUGAACUUGGUGACUGGAGGAAGGCUACCAACUGCUCACUGACAUGUGAAAAGAACCAAGAGUUCUCCUACGAUGUGCGAGCUUGCAACCAUACAUGCCGCUCCCUGUCUAGUCCUGAUCCUCGCUGUGGGCAGGAAGACGCUCCCGUGGAAGGCUGUGGCUGCCCAGAAGGAACCCACCUGAACCAAGGACAAAUCUGUACACCAAAGACUGAAUGUGUAUGCCAUCAUCACGGCGGUAUAACGCCACCAGGGCCUGUUGUUAUCGAUGGACGACAGUGCCACUGUAAGAAUGGAGAACUGCAGUGCUCCAAGGACUGUGGCUGCAGGAAUGGAAAGGUGUGCGUGCACUGCUCAGAAUACCCAGUUAACACAGCUCAGAAAACUUGCGACAGUCUCAGCAAACCACUGGUUGCCAGUAUGACUUGUGAGAGUGGCUGUUAUUGCCCACAUGAUCAAUAUGAAGAUCACCAUGGAAACUGUGUGUCAAGGGACAACUGCACCUGUGUAUACAGUGGUGAAGUCUUCAGGGCAGGAGAGACUGUAAAAACCAACUGUAAAAAAUGUGUCUGUGGUCAGGGUCAGUGGGACUGCAAAGAUGAGCCGUGUCCCGGGACAUGUCAAGUCUAUGGAAAUGGACAUUAUCAGACCUUUGACGCUAAAUGGUAUCGCUUUGGUGGUCACUGCCAGUAUACACUUGUAGAGGAUUACUGCAGAAGUCAAAACGGCACCUUUUCUCUCCGAGUGGAGAGUGUCCCUUGCUGUGAUGAGGCACUCACCUGUUCACGCUCCAUCAUACUGGACUUGCAGAGCAAAGUCACCCUUAUCCUGAAUGACAUGAGAGUGACCAAGAAAAUCCAAAAAGGCUGGACUUUGCAGCAAGAUCCACUUUACACAAUACGCACAGUGGGACUCUAUAUCAUAAUCUCAGUGCCCAGCAAAGGUCUAACUCUAAUAUGGGACAAACACACCCGGAUCACCGUAGAACUUCAUCCAGACUGGAGGAACAGAGUGUGUGGCCUCUGUGGGAAUUUUGACUCCAAUGAGCUGAAUGACUUGCAGAUAAGUGGCUCAGCAGUGGUUUCUAGUCCAAUGGCCUUUGGCAACAGCUGGAAGGCAGCAACUCCCCCUUGUACUGAUGUGACCACUGAGAUAUUUCCAUGUGAACGCAAUUCCUACUGCUCGGCCUGGGCCCAGAGGCGCUGUAUGAUCCUUAAAGGAGGCACCUUCAAAGACUGUCACUUGAAAGUGGAUCCAGAGCCCUACUACCAUGCCUGUGUGCAGGAAUCCUGCUCUUGUGAGUUUGAAGGGAAAUUCCUGGGUUUCUGCACAGCUGUGGCAGCUUAUGCAGAGGCCUGCAGUGACCAGGAUGUCUGCAUAGAUUGGAGGACACCUGAUAUGUGCCCUGUCUACUGUGACUACUACAAUGAGAAAGGCCAGUGUAGCUGGCAUUAUGAAGCCUGUGGUAGGAUUCUCACCUGUGGCAAAGACUUCACUCAGAAGCUGGAAGGCUGCUACCCCAGAUGUCCAAAGGAAAAGCCAUACUAUGAUGAGAAUACUGGUGAUUGUACCACAUUGAGGAACUGCUCUUGUUAUUUUAAUGACACGACUGUACGACCUGGACAAGUGGUGAAAAUAAACUCUUUUGAAUGCUACUUCAACUACUACUGUAGCAUGGUCCCCCACCACCUCUGGACCAAACACUACGACUACUUCAAGUACCAGCAAAACAUGGUCAACAAUGCCCACCACUACAUCUGCACACCAGUCUGUGAAUGUGUAGACCUGAAGAGUAAAAAAAGCUGGAUUUGUGGUGAGACAUGGACAGAGGACUGCUUUAAUAAGCACUGUGUUGGUGGAAAGAUAGAGUUGACCCCAGUGGUUUGUCCAAAGGCUACAGCUCUGCCCUGUCCCAGAGAACGGGCCGUAAAGGUCUCGGAUGGAUGCUGUGAAACAUGGAAAUGUGACUGUCACUGUGAGCUUUUUGGGGAUCCCCACUAUGUUUCUUUCCAAGGAAUACCCUUUGAUUUCUUGGAUCAGUGCUCCUACAUCUUGGUGGAGGAGCAGUCACCACGUCAUAAUCUGACCAUUGCUGUGGACAACUUUUAUUGCGUGCCGGGCCUGCGUGGCUCCUGUGCCAAAGGAAUCAUUCUGAAAUAUCAAAACAAUGUAGCUGCACUCAACAUCAACCUACAAUUGUUUGUAGUACAGGCUACACUGAACAAUGUGACAGUCCAACCACCAUAUGAAGAGAAUGGUUUUAGAUUUGAGACCACGGGGUACAUGGUGUCAAUUCAUCUCCCAGAGAUUCGUUCUUAUGUCUCCCUCACUCCAUCCUACACCCUGGUUGUGAAUCUGGCCAUGGAGCAUUUCCUCAAUAACACCCAGGGACAAUGCGGUGUGUGUGGUGGAGCAUCAUGUAUUCGUAAGGGAGGGCAGAUUGAGGAUGACAGCUGCUGUGAUAAGACGGCCUAUGACUGGGUGUAUCCAGAUCCUCUGAAGCCUGCUUGUAAUUCUGCACCAAGGGAUGUACCCUGUCUUUCUGGGCCAACCUCAGUACCUCCUCCCCCACCUCCGCCUCCCUGCCCUCCAAACCCAUUAUGUGAACUUCUACUCCACCCUGUCUUUGAAAACUGCAGCAACUACGUGGAUCUAAACCUUAAAAAGAAGAACUGUGAGUUUGAUUCAUGCAGGAACCUAAAUGGUUCUUGCUCUUCUCUGGAGCAAGCUGCCGGAGAAUGUAAGAGCUUUGGUUUCUGUAUUGACUGGAGAGGACUGACUAAUGGAACCUGUGAUUGCAAAGGACCAAGCGGAGAACCUAAACUUCCUGGUGAAGUCUGGCAGUCCAACUGCAAACUGUGUAGCUGUAACAACCAGACUAUGACUGAAGAGUGCUUUCCACCACCUCCUAAGCCAGCUCCCCUCUGUGGCCCCAAUGCAGUGGGAGAUCAGUGGACAGAUCCUGCCCAUCCCUGCAGGUCACUGAAGUGCAGUAAAGAAGGCAUUCAGACUGAGACUAAAGUCUGCUCCAAUGAAAGCUGCUCUGAGGAGGACAGAAUCUGGGAUGACCAACACUGCUGCUAUACAUGUAACCAGGGCUGUGCUGCUAGGAUGUCCACCCUCAACAUCACCGUAGAUAACUGCACCACUGUCAUGCAGAUGCCUAUGUGUCAGGGGAAAUGUGAAUCUCAGCCAAGGGUGGAGUUACAUGGUGACCUGUUGGAGCAGCGCAACACAUGCUGUCUGGACUGGAUAUCAGAGAGGAGGCCAGUGACUCUGCUUUGCUCUGACCUCAGUACGAGACAAUACUACUACAAGCACAUCACCAGCUGUGCUUGUAGAUCUUCUGGCUCAAGCUGA